AACAGGCAGAAUGUAGAUGUGAAUGACUGCAAUUACUAUGUUUACACUAAGUGUUUAUACGCAGUGUCUAUAUAUGUAUGUCGUAAAUUAAGUCACUCGCUCAGCAGAAAGCCAUCUGUUUCCUAAACCCACCAGGAGAAGAGAAGCAAGGCAGAAUAUUCCAGAGGUUGGUACUGAGUGAAGUCUGUAAUCCCAGAUUACUGUCUCGUCCUCAUCCAUGGGAUUAGUGAAGGCACCAGGGUGUAAACACACAUAUUCCCUUCCCUCAACAUACACGUUCACGUCGCUCUUCACUAUCAAACUGACAUUUUUUAAAUCUAACAGGAAUUAAUUUUUUUCUCUCCAAGACUUCCAAAAAGACGGACAAGUGUCCUUUUAGAUUUUGGAAUAUCUAGGAUUUGGAGUCAUGGCUCUGCUGAGAUCAGGCUGGCUCUGGCGGCAGUCGUCAAUCCUCAGGCGCUGGAAGCUGAACUGGUGUGACCUGUGGAUAGACGGGAGUCUGGUGUUUUAUAUGACAGACUCAAGGAAGGACUAUGAGACUAGAGUGAGUCUGAAGAGUACAUGUGUGAAUGUGAAGUCUGGCCUGGAGUGUGCAGGCGUGUCUCCACCGGAGAGCCACCCGAGAGAGAAUCUGUUGGUGUUGUACCUGAAGGACGGAUCCACUGUGUUCCUGUGUGCUAACAGUGAGGAUGAGGCUCUGGCUUGGAAGCUGACAAUCAUGGAAGCAAAGCAAAGUCCUUUCUAUAUUUAUGAUCCCUAUAAUGACACGUACCAGUCUGUUCCUGUUAAUGGACACAAUGCUGUGUACAUCACGCCAGGCAGUGGCAGUGGAGGUACACACCAUGUCUGGGUGCACAAGGAGCGCUGUGAUAACUGGAUUGGAGAGCAGAUAGCACUGGGUUUGCUGGCUGGUAUGGCAGCAGGCACUGUGCUACGCUCGUUCCUCUGGAUGCCUCUGUGGUACUGCUGAUACACCCGCUGGCUUCCAGACGAUCCCAUCUUAAGCCAGUCACUGCAAGGCAGUAGAGAAAGACUUGGCUCUGACAGAUUGCUUCUGUAGGCUUCAAUCAGCUGCCCAAAUGUGUACCGAAUACACAAACGUACAACCAGUUACAAGGGUUAAAUAGGAUAAAGUGUAGCAGAUGGUUUAAAUCUCAUUGGGCUCCACAUUGUAUGGUUGUGUGAGGAGUGUCAUAUAGAAGAGGAUGAUGGAGAAGACCAAAGUAUUGUCAUUUGGUGUAUUUUUCAAUGUAUAUACAUUUGGACCAUACAUUGGUUGCUAUUUUGACAGUAGGGUCGAAAUACCUGAUGUUUUUUCCCCAUAAAACAGUGGCUAGAUGCACUUGUGUACUGCACUGAGCUAUAAUGUAAAAUUUUAAAUCAAUUACCCAGAAUUCACCACUAGAGGGUAGACACACUGCAGCAAUGCAAAUAAAUUGACUUGCCUGAACUUUUCUGCUUAUCUUCCCUAACUCAGGUCAAAGCUUGUGUAUUACAUAUUACUCUCAAAACACUGUACAUGCAGCAUAUAAUAUAGUAUCCUGGGGCUGUUAAAUACCUUCAAAAGUAGUGUUCAGAUUUCACUGACUUAAAAUAUUUACUAUUCAAAUACUAGAUAAGGAGUAAAUCACAGUAUUCUAGUGAUUUGGUGUGUCAAAAUUCAAAUUGUUUCAAGACAGGACUUUUCAGGUAUUUGGGAGCUAUUAUGUUGUCACAUUUAUUAGUUAAUUUACUAGUUACAAAGUUUAGGCAGUCAUGCUAGCAACCAAUACUGUAGUGAUGCGAAUGAGUUGGCUCUUUGAACUGGUUCGCUUUUAGGUGACCUGUGACAGCUGACUCGCACAGAGCCGUUACUCUUGCAGUGUCAUUUAAUCAAAAUACAUGAAUGAAAUUUAGCCAUAUCAACCAUAGCUAUGCAAAAAAGAACUGGUCAAAAUAUUUCAAACUUCGCCAGGUUAAAAAAAGAAAAUGGCAACAAGCAGUAUGGGAAUCUAAAAAGUCGGUUCUUACUGGUGAGCUGAGCCAAAUGAUCUGACUCACUGAAAAGAGUCAGAGUUUCCUGUUACUAAUGUACUGUCCCCUUUCUUUUCCUAAGUGAAGCAACAAGGCUUUUGGAAACAUGUUUCUUUGAAAUUGUGUUAGGCCACUAGAAGUAAAAUAUUCAAAAGUCAUGAUAGAAAGUUGAAAGAGUCAAAUUUUUUGGAUGAGCUGAUCCAAAUGAUCUGACUCACUGAAAAAAUCCAGAGCUCCCAUCACUACUUCGUAGCUCUUUCGUGUGCCAGGUGACUAAAAGUGAAAUAUGUGAAUGUGAAUUUUCACCUUCCAAGACAUAUUAUAAAUACUAUGUGAAGUCAGUUAGUAUUCCAAUAAAUACAAAUUCAACAGACCUGCAAAGCAUGACACCAUGAUGCUAAAAACUUUUUAAAAAUGUGUCUCCACAUUAAUGAACUCUAGGAUUGAGAGUUAUCACCUGAGCUUUGAGUGCUAAAAGCAGACUGCAUGAAGUAUUCAUGUCCAUGAGUGUUGCAUAAGGAGCUUAUUCAUUAUUAACACCCAACUCUGACAACACAGUUCCUCUGUGACGGGGUGUUUCCACUGGAACAGGCUUCAGAGGAAAGGUUUAACAUUUCUACCCAGAUAUACAAGGUGCUCAUGGGUGCUGUGAAGAGUCCCGGUACUGCCAAGCUGUGAAUGGUGGGAACUUUUGAACACGGCCCACUCUAGUCUACUGUGCUGUACUUGUGUAUUUGAAAAUAAAGUUCAUCUUCUCCUUCUAAAUAUUAUUUCGAACUUCUCUGACUGUUGCAAGUGAGGAAGCUUGUGGGCGAAGUACAGAUAAAUCAUAGAGCACAGUUAUUCUGAGUAAGAGACUAUUUAAAGCACAGCUAGGAUGUAGUGGGACUUGUGAGUAAUUCAGAGGCAUAGAUGACAGAGAUAGAGACAAUUACAAUAUUUCAUGUAUUGAUGACCAGCUUUGCAGUUUGGAAAUUCUUUAUGUGCAUU